ACCACUACGUUGACGAUGGCGAAACAUAUGGUGAAGAUGGCCCAUAGGACGCCGAUGGCGCGCGAGUUCCGCAUGUAGUUGUCAUGAUUCAACAUCACGGUCCAACAUCCGUCUGUCAGGCAGUCACUUCUACCAUGUUCACGAGCACCUGGAUGCUGGCCUGAGAACGAGAUAUUUCGUCUGGAUUGAAUGGUCUAUAUGAGUACAGCGCACUGCUGUGUGUCUGUGUGUGUCCGUGCACGCGAAGUUGGGAGGCUGUGAAGGAGGAAGUGGCUCCAGAAUCAGACGACCUCUGACCUCCAGCCGGAAACAAUAACAAGGAAAUGAUACCAAAGAAUAUUGCUUCCUCCCAGGAAGCAGGUUCUACCGCGUAGCCGCUUGCGCUUGACACCACCUCCAGAGCGCCGGAAAGAACACGAAGUUGGGGAGAAUCCUGUGAUGCUGCUUCGAGGCGCGUGCGUUCUCGCCGUUCAGCUGCGAACACCGAAGAUCAUGACUUCACCGUCCUCAUACCACCGUCUUCAAACACUUCUACGAAUCCCGUUUAGAAAUUGAUAUGGGGGUAAGACGGCCACAAACUUGACGCGAAUAAGUGGAGAACAUUCCUGAAUUUUUAUUUUUAAUUGUUUUAACCUGAGGUAAACCAAGACACGGAGACAAACUUCUACCGUCGCGAUGUUGGCGUCAAUAGGACAGUUCGACCCUCUCAACACAAGCGUGCCUGCAACUAAAAUAGAAGUUACCGUUUCGUGCAGACAGCUGCUGGAUGUGGACACCUUCUCCAAGUCUGACCCUGUGGUGGUGCUGUAUGUGCAGGCUGUUGGCACCAAGGAGUGGAGAGAGUUUGGGAGGACGGAGGUGAUUGAUAACAGCCUGAACCCCGACUUCGUCAGGAAGUUCGUGCUGGACUUCUUCUUUGAGGAGAAACAGAACCUGCGCUUCGAUGUAUACAACGUGGACUCCCGAAGUUCCAAUAUUUCCAAACAUAAGGACUUCCUGGGUCAGACCUUCUGUACUCUUGGAGAGAUCAUCGGGUCCACAGGCGGACGGCUGGAGAGACCGCUCUCUGGGAUCCCAGGGAAGAAAUGUGGUGUUAUCAUAUUCUCGGCAGAGGAACUCAGUAACUGCAGGGACAUUGCCACCAUGCAGCUGUGUGCUAACAAGCUGGACAAAAAGGACUUCUUCGGCAAGUCGGACCCCUUCCUGGUCUUCUACCGCAGCAACGAGGACGGAACGUUCACCAUCUGCCAUAAGACUGAGGUAGUGAAGAACACUCUGAACCCAGUGUGGCAGCCCUUCACCCUGCCAGUACGAGCUCUCUGCAACGGCGACUACGACAGAACGGUGAAGGUGGAUGUUUAUGACUGGGACCGAGACGGCAGUCACGACUUCAUCGGGGAGUUUGCCACCAGCUACAGAGAAAUGUCCAGAGGAGAAAACCAGUUUAAUGUUUACGAGGUUCUGAAUCCCAAGAAGAAAGGCAAGAAGAAGAAAUAUAUUAACUCAGGGACAGUGACUUUGCUGUCCUUCACAGUACAGUCAGAAUACACGUUUGUGGAUUUCAUCCGAGGAGGAACUCAGCUCAACUUCACCGUAGCUAUCGACUUCACUGCUUCUAAUGGUAACCCGGCCCAGCCCACCUCUCUCCACUACAUGAGCCCGUACCAGAUGAAUGCGUACGCCAUGGCUCUGAGAGCUGUCGGUGACAUCAUCCAGGACUACGACAGCGACAAGAUGUUCCCCGCCUACGGCUUCGGAGCCAAGCUGCCCCCAGACGGCAAGGUGUCCCACGCCUUCCCUCUGUAUUUGCUCAGGUGCGUUGCCCUGGUAACGGGUUCAUAG